CUUGCCCCGACCCUGCACUUGAACCCAACCCAGACCUCCAGUCUAAUCUUCCUUCCUCUCUUCUUCCGCAUCACCAAUCGACCGAGCGAUUAUAUUAGCUGCACGGCGAUCACCAUGGCAGCAGCUAGAGCUCUCUUCGUCGCCGCCGUGGUGUCCAUGGCAGCGGUGGUCGGGACGGCGCAUGGCGCUAGCUACACCGUCGGCGCGCCGUCCGGGUCGUGGGAUCUCCGGACCAACUACACCCGUUGGGCAUCCGGUAUCAACUUCCGCGCGGGUGACCAGCUCGUGUUCAAGUACUCCCGCGCCGCGCACAACGUGCUGGAGGUGAGCAACGUCGACUACGACUCCUGCUCCGGCUCCAGCCCCCUCGCCACCUUCAACACCGGGAACGACGUCGUCCCGCUCCCCGCCGCCGGCGUCACCCGCUACUUCAUCUGCGGCGUGCCCGGGCACUGCGACGCCGGGAUGAAGCUCGCCGUCAGAGUGGAGGCCGCCGCCGCCACAGGCCCCAACGCCGCGCUUCCAUCACCAGCGCCUAUGGCCCCUCGUGCUGCGCACCCGCCGGUGGCGACGCCGGGCGCCAGGGCACCCGCGGCCGGCGGCCAGGCGGUGCCUCCGGCGAGCUCGGCGGCCCAGGCUGGUGUGGAGUCUCUAGUGGGGCUCGGUUUGGGCGUUGUCGUGGCUGGUCUCAUGGCCUUCUAUUAGAGUCAACGCUGGCUGGCUAUUUUGGUUUAAACAACUUUAUGUGACACGUGGAUUGAACGUGCUCAAUUCUUUGUCCCGCUAUUUUUUUUUCAAGAGCUUUAUGUUUUGAUCAUAUGAUAUGUAAUUGACAUCAUUAAUUAUGACAUGGAUUUAUAUACAAACACUUUCUUGGACUA